AUUUAGGACUUCCAGGUUCCUUUUUUUACGACUAUAUAUUUUUCCCCUUUUUCUCUGUCUCUCUCUAACUUUCAUUCCGUCAUCGCCGUCGAUCAAUCCGGCGAUACACCAUUUUUUCGUAACAGUCAUCUUUGUUCUUAGUAAAUACUCCCGAUUUUAUUAUAUUGUUUUUCCGUUACGUCUGAUGCAUUUACUCACCGUCGGAUUAUUCUCGUGAUCCACGCCGACACUUUCAAGGAUUUUGAGAAGUUGACCGUGGCUUUUGCUCAGCUCAGCUUGCUUCAUCCUGCUCAUAUUUGUUCGCGAUGUCGGGGCCGCUGGAUAGAUUUGCCAGACCUUGCUUUGAGGGUUCCUCUGGAAAUGAUGAGAAAAGAGAGAGAAAAUCCGACUUUGAGAAUUCUGAGGAUGAGAGGAGGACAAGGAUUGGUUCUUUGAAAAAGAAGGCUCUGAAUGCAUCCUCUAAAUUCAAGCAUUCGCUCAAGAAGAAGAGCAGCAGAAGAAAAAGUGAUGGUAGAGUCAGCUCCGUUUCAAUUGAGGACAUUCGAGAUGCUGAGGAGCUACAGAAAGUUGAUGCGUUCCGACAGGCAUUGCUUCUGGAUGAAUUAUUGCCUGACAAAUUUGAUGAUUAUCAUAUGAUGUUGAGGUUCCUCAAAGCGAGAGGUUUCGAUGUCAAAAAAGCAAAGCAAAUGUGGUCUGAUAUGAUCCAGUGGAGGAAGGAGUUUGGCGCUGACACAGUUAUGGAGGAUUUUGAAUAUGAAGAGUUGACUGACGUUUUGAAGUAUUAUCCUCAUGGUAAUCAUGGUGUUGAUAAGGAAGGAAGACCUGUAUAUAUUGAAAGGUUGGGGAAGGUUGAUGCGAACAAGCUAAUGCAAGUUACGACAAUGGAUCGUUACGUGAGAUACCAUGUGAGGGAAUUUGAGAGAACCUUUGCCGUUAAAUUUCCUGCUUGCACAAUUGCUGCAAAAAGGCACAUUGAUUCGAGUACAACAAUCUUGGAUGUUCAGGGCAUAGGGUUAAAGAAUCUGACAAAGAGUGCGAGGGAUCUCAUCACACGGCUCCAGAAGAUUGAUGGUGACAAUUAUCCUGAGACUCUCCAUCAAAUGUUCAUUAUCAAUGCCGGUCCUGGAUUUAGAUUGCUCUGGAGUACUGUUAAAUCCUUUCUGGAUCCCAAGACGACCUCUAAGAUUCAUGUUCUUGGUUACAAGUUCCAGAGCAGGUUACUUGAAGUUAUAGAUCCCAGUGAGCUGCCAGAGUUCUUGGGUGGCACUUGUACUUGUGCUGAUGCUGGGGGUUGCCUACGCUCUGAUAAAGGCCCUUGGAAAAAUCCUGAAAUCAUGAAGAUAGUUCUUAAUGGUGAAACACGGCGUGCAAGGCAGGUGGUUAAAGUGUUGAACAGUGAUGGGAAGGUGGUUUAUGCUAAGCCUCACUAUUCCAUGGUAAGAGGCAGUGAUACUUCCACUGCCGAGUCAGGAUCUGAAGCUGAAGAUAUUGCUUCACCAAAAGCUAUUAGGACUUAUUCUCAUCUUCGCCUCACUCCUGUUCGUGAAGAGGCUAAGGCUAUGGGAACAUCGGGUUAUGUCAAUAAGCUUUCCGGAUAUGAUGAAUAUGUUCCUAUGGUGGAUAAGGCAGUUGAUUCUGGAUGGAAGAAGCAAGCACCCCUUCAAAAGCCUAACACUGUUCAAGGGAUGAUCCUGCCUGAAACUCCAAAGGCGCCACAAGGACUCCGUGCUCGAGUUUUAGCAACCCUUAUGACCUUUUUUACGGCGCUUUUUAUGUUCUUCCGUUCGGUAACUGGCCGUGUCUCGAAAAAACUUCCAGAUGCGUCGUCUAUCCAGGAUCAAAGUUCUAAAGAAUUUUCAUUUGGGGACGUAGGCAAGGAAGAUUUUCGGCCCCCUUCACCGACACCUGCAUUUAGUGAGGCAGAGCUCCUCUCUUCUGUUGUGAAAAGAUUGGGUGAGCUAGAAGACAAAGUUAGUACACUUCAAGCAAAGCCAUCUGAGAUGCCAUACGAAAAAGAGGAAUUACUGAAUGCAGCUGUUUGCAGAGUGGAUGCUCUAGAGGCGGAGUUAAUUGCAACGAAAAAGGCUCUGCAUGAAGCAUUGAUGAGGCAAGAAGAGCUGCUUGCUUACAUUGACGCUCAAGAAGAAGCCAAGUUUCGGGUAUGUUCACGAAAAUCCCUGUUUAUUAUGACAUUUUUACGUUUAACUUUGAUGCUUAGCUGUCGCUGCAUCCCCAUCCCUGGCAAAAUUCUGUUUGAAAAUUUUGGUUGUUCAAGGUGUUCUGAUUACUUUUUCCCUUUUCCGUGUCGUAUGCAGAAAAAGAAGUCUUGCUGGUGAGCUAUGAUGAGGCGAUGUUAAAAAGUUUGAUUGACCAAUGCAAUUUACAUGGUUCUUUUGUAUGAUGUUUAUCACAUGCGCACCUUUGUUGAAGGUGGCGGAUUCAUGUUGAAAUGUGAGGUGACUUGCACUUUUUGCUGUGUGAGAAAUGUAUGUAAUGUUUGUACAUCAUGUUUCAGCUACCCCGUUGAUGUUGUUUCAAAGUGUGGAAACCUUUAUCCUCUGAUCAAUGCGAAUGGUUUGAAAAUUGAGUGUACAUUGGUGACUAAAUUUUUGUUGCACUUGUGUCAUUUUGAAAACAGCCCUGC